AUGUCACAAAUAAAGCAAUCGUAAAGAAAUUCAAAAAAUUUAGACUAGCAACCAUAUUCUUAGCAAUAACUUCAAUAAAGUCAAAAAGUAGCUUAGGUAUAAUAGUAAAAACAGAACUAAUAACAACAACAAUAGUUAUAAAAAGGUAUCACAAAUUAGACUACCAAAUUGAAGAAUCCAAAUGAGACCAGAAUAUACGUAAUUAUGAAAUUGUAUUAUACUUAGUCAUUGAUUUAACCUGAGACCAAUCGAUAAGAACAAAAUUAAGAAGUUUAAAUUGUUCAUCAAGAGGCUCCACCAAAAUUUAAUUGUCUUAAAUCUCGUCCUGAUCCUAUUUUAGAUUGGGAAGUCCAUAAAGAAAAGCAAUUGUAUAGUGAAUUUCAAGAGUUUAUAGAAUCUCGCUAUUUAGAAGUUAAGAGAAGUUCAAGCAUAUAUAAAUAUUAUGCUAAAAUAGGACUUCAAAUAUUUAUUUACAUUUUAAAUGUGCUUGAAUUGAUAUUCACUUUAAGCUACAAAUCUUAUAAUAAUAUUUCUGAUUAAGAAAUAUAUUAUUUGGGUUGCUACUACAUUUCUAUCAUUUCAUGUGCUUUACUUCACAGUGCAACUUGGAUGUAUACAUAUAAAUUUAGAUAAGUUGCCAAAAAGAGUAUGUUCAUAGAAAUUUCAUAUUAUAUCUUUUAUUUGUUUAUGGGAGGAUUAAGUUUUUUUAAAAUAGCUCCAUUUAUUUAUUAUUUCAACAGAGAUUAAUCAAUUAAAUAGUUUUCUUUUAGUGAAAUUAAUAAAUAUUUGAUUUUAGAUGGAGAAGAUAAAUUUAGAAAUCCCUCUAUACUUUUCAAAUAAAGAACUAAGCCAGUUAAUAUUUUUAGAGAUUUAAUUUUUCAUAGAAUAGCACUUCUUUCUAUGAUGAUUACAAUGUGUCUUUAAACUUUUCCUUAACUCUUUAUUUAAGGCUUCUAUAAUACAGAACAUGAAUGGGAUGGAUUUAAUGUGUUUAGUUAUUUAUUAUUAGUAAGUAAUUUAAUUUAUUAUCUUUUGGAAUUACAAUUUAUUGUUUUCACAACAACUUAUAGAUAGAUACAAACAGAACUAUAAUUUAAAUUGAAAAAGAUAAAAUUAAAGUUCAUUUAAGAAACUAAAUAAUUAUUAAAAUCUGAUAAAAAAUAUCUAGGAUUUGUUAAAUCUUUUUAUUUCCAUAUUGAUCCAACUACAUUUAGUAAUUAUCAAAAGAAAAGAUGUAUGGUUUAAAUUAUUACAUUCUUGACUAGGUAUAAAAAAUUCUAAAAUAUUUAAUUUCUAUUCAUAGAUUAAUAUGAUGAAAUUACAUUACAAUAUUUAGCAAAUUGCUUUAAAUUAAUUUAAGUAGACAACAUAAGUCUAUUAUAUAAAGAUGUAAAUAAAUUAAAAAUGCUGUAAGAUACUUUUUUAAGUAAACAAUUUCCAAAAUUAAAACUUGAAUAAAUGCAAGACUAAAAUAUUGAUUAAUUAUGGGUUGAUGACAAAAUUGAUACUGAAGCAGAGGAAUAAAAAAUUUAAGAGAUUCAAUUCAUUGAAAAUCCAAAAAUUAAUUCUGGUUGGUAAGCAGUAGCAUAAAACUAAAAAUUAAAAAGAGAAUAUAUAGAAAUGAGUUAUCAUUUUACAAAAUUGAUACCAGAUCAUUUAAGGAAAUCAGUCAGAUUAAGUUCUAGAUCAUACGGAACAGGCACUAUAUCAAGUUAAAUUAAUAUUGUUCAAACUGAUAGAUAAGAAUCUUAAAUUGAUAUUGCCGAAGAAGCAAAAAAUCAAUUUAAAAGUAUAUCUAAAGAGUAAAUCUUGGAGGAAAGUUUAGGGUAUUUUAAAUGUUUAUUGGCUUAUUAUAAAUAUUUUGAAACCUGGGGUUAAUUGAAUCAAUACUAAGCGACUAUGUAAUCUUUAUAAUCAUUUUUGAAUGGAGGAUUGUAAAUAGUUUCUCUUGUAUACAUAGGAGAUGAUCCUGAUAAGUUUUAAUCUGCUUUAAUUGUAUUAACUGUAAUCAAUCCUGUGAUUUAAAUGUUGUCUUUUACGGUAUUUUAACAUAGAGUUUUUAAGACUCUAACAAUUUAAAAUUAGAUUUAGAAUGUUUUACUAUUUGCUAUAUUUAACUUUUUAAAAGUUUGGGAUAUUGUUAUGAUUGCUAUGUAUUAUUUCUCAAAGAAAUUUUUUACUACUUUAGAGAGAAAUUUUAGUGCUGAAGGAUAUAUUAAAUUUAAAAGUUAUGCUUCUAAAUUCUAGGGCAGUCUUCCUAUUUCAGUAUUUUAAUAUGAAACAGUUAAAGUGGAUUCUAAAAGCAUUUUAGCUAUAAAAUAAUUACCAUUUUAUUAAGCAGUUAUGUGGAGAACUAGUGUUGAAGAAGCUUUGAAUAAGAUUCCUUAAUUUUUUAUUUAUAUUUUAGCAUUAUCUUCUAGUGAUUUAAGCACUGUAUGGGCUAUGUCUUUUUUUCAGUAAAUAAAAGAAGGUAUUUUGGCUGUCAAAGAUAUAUUAGAAGUUGUAAUUAAAGAUUUUUUUAUACCAGCUCUAAUUUUAAGUACAGUUUCAGUAGAAUAAUUCUUUUAAUCUAUGUUGUAUUUGAGUUCAAUAUCAAAUUAAAUGUUAUUAGAAUAUCCUAAAUCUUUUUAAAUCAUGUCAAAAGUAGAUGAAAAAUAUUUAAAAUAAAAAUGUACUUUUAAAAUUAAUAUGGAACAUAUAGAUUUUUCUAAUUAUAAAGAGAAAAAAAAAGAGAAAAUGCUUGCUUAAUUUAGGUAUGUACUUGCUUCAAUAUAAAAUAUAUUAGAAAUAGAUAAAGCAUAAAGAUUAUUUUGUAUGGGACCUGAAAUUAAUGAUUUUGUAAGAUGUUUAAAAGUCAGUCCAAUUUAUUAAUUGAAACUCAAUUUUAAUUUAGAUGAAGUAAAUCCUCUUGAUCUUCCUCAUAUUAAUGCUUUUAUUAAGUAUUGUCCACCAUAAUUAUAAUUUCUAUAAAUUUAAGUUGAAGCAACAGAAGAAAUUAAAAUGCCAUUUUGUGUUGAAAGAAAAACUACUCUUAAAGCCUUUUCUUAUUCUUAUUUCUAGAUAAUCUAAUAAUAUAAGGAUACUUCUUAAGUUGUUUAACAAAAAAGUUUAGAUAUUAAUAAAGAUUUUUUAGAAUUAGAUAGGUAUGAUUUUGAAUAAUUUUAUUUUGAAAUUGCAGGUAAUUUAAAUUUAGAAUAGUGUUCAUAAUUAUUUGGAAAUUUCAAAGAAAUGAAGAUUUUUCAAUUAUCCAUUAAUAAUAAUUCAAUAAUGCAGAACUUUAAAUUUUCAGAUAAUAUAAAAAGUAAAUUGGAUAUUCUGGAUAUCACUUUUGAAAAUAUUAGAUUAGAAUUUUAAUAAUUCCCCUUUAGUAAUCUCAAGACUCUUAAAAUGAAUUUGAAAAGAUGUGAAUUUAAUAAAACAGAAUUAUAUUAAAGCUUAGUGAAUUUAAAAAAUGGAGAAUCUAAAAUAAUAUAUAUUGAUUUGAGUUAAUGCUCAUCAGCCUUUACAAAAAUUGAACAUUCAAAAUUGGUUAGAGUAUUAGAAUAAAAUAAAUUUGAUGUAACCAUUAUUAUAUGA